UGAAAUAUUUAAAAAGAAAUCAAGAAUUUUAUUUUAACAUUUUAGGUCUGUCAAUCUACUAUGGAUAAAGAAUCAUCAAAAUCGUUAUUUUCUUUACUGUGCUGUCCUAAUAUAUACGGAAUUAACUUUGAGUCCUCCAGUUUAAAUGAAGUACUUUCAGUUUUCGAGGACGAAAUAUUACUGGAUUGCUGUUCAUCAUCAGCAGAAUAUGCUCUUGUUGAAUACCUCACUCGCAUAGUGGAGCCAAUUGGAUGGAAAGCUGUCUGGAGGUCAACUAGAAAAUCUUCUAUUGUUGAUUCAGAGUUAGAUUUCAUAGUGGAAGUUGUGAAUGUGGGAAUAGUUAGAGGCUGGUGAAAUCAGUAAUCGGAGCUGACCUCAACCAGAUACAGUGGAUUCUGCACGAAG